AUGACCACCCGCGACAAAUCACCCCCUUCCUCAACACCACCAAAAACACAUGCCUCCUCCCACCAACUCCCCCAAAUCGCCCUCCUAAUCUACCCAAUAACCCUCCUAAUUGGCUCCGUCUACUCCUCCAUCUCCCCAACCGCCCGAGCCCCGAACCACGCCCACCCAGCACCACUAGCCCCCUCGCUCGCAGCAGACAUCAACCUCUCCUCGCCCCCAGAAAGCCCCGUGAACUACUUCGCGCGCAAGGACAACAUCUUCAACGUCUACUUUGUCAAAAUCGGCUGGCUAUGGCUCACGCUCGCAUUUGCCUCACUGCUCAUCUCGCAGCCAACGUAUCGCCAAACAGCCACUUCCUCGAGGAGGAUCGCCCAAGCGUGUUUGCGGUACGCACUCGCGACAACGGCUUGGUAUCUGAUGACGCAGUGGUUCUUUGGGCCGCCGGUGAUCGAUCGCAGUUUUGUGGUUACGGGCGGUGGAUGUGAGCGCGUUGUUGGUGGUGUUGCGGGUGCUGCGCAGGCGGCUACGGGCGCAGGAGACGUCGCAGCGUUGGAGAGUGUGGUGACAGCGGCGGCUUGUAAGGCUAUUGGAGGGAAGUGGGCCGGGGGGCAUGAUGUUAGUGGACAUGUUUUUAUGUUGGUUGUUGUCACGGGGGUGUUGGGGGCUGAGGGAGUUGGUGUUGCGGGUUCGUUUUUGGGGAGGGCGUUGGGGUUGGGAUCGUCUGCAACAGACGAGGCUGAUGGGAAGGAGAAGGAUGGGGAUGUUGAGCAAGGACGCGUUUGGGCGUUGAGGUUUGUGCUUGCUGUCGCGGGGUUGGGGUGGUGGAUGUUGUUUAUGACAGCGAUUUGGUUUCAUACGUGGUUGGAGAAGUGGUCUGGGUUGACGAUUGCGUUGGGUACGCUGUAUGGCAUUUACUUCCUGCCGAGAAAGGUGCCGGCGUGGAGGGAUGUUGUUGGGAUGCCGGGUGUUUGA